AGUGAGGGGAGGCGACAUCAGCGGCGCAGCAAGUCGUCAAAUCAAGCUUGCCACCAUCAUCAUCAUCAUCAUUCCUCCUCGCGCCUAGCAAUGGAGUACUUGCAGCCUCAGGCGCAUGACGCUGAGCAGGGCCUCGUCCUCUGCGCCGACUGUGGCACUGCCAUUCCACCGAACUCGGCCAAUCUCUGCCUGUCAUGCUUGCGCAACUCAGUCGACAUCACUGAAGGAAUCCCAAAGCAGGCAACGGUCAACUUCUGCAAGAACUGUGAGCGAUAUCUCAACCCGCCGCAGACGUGGGUAAUGGCUCAGCUCGAGAGCAGAGAGCUUCUCGCCAUCUGCCUGCGCAAGCUGCGUGGCCUCAACAAGGUCAGACUCAUCGACGCCGGCUUCAUCUGGACUGAGCCCCACUCGAAGCGACUGAGAGUCAAGCUCACCGUACAGAAGGAGGUCCUCAUCUCGACGAUCUUGCAGCAGAUCUUUGAGGUCGAGUACAUUGUGCAGUACGGCCAAUGCCCAGACUGUACCCGUCUUGCGGCCAAGAAUACAUGGAAGGCCCAGGUUCAGGUCAGGCAGAAGGUUCCCCACAAGAGGACGUUCCUCUACCUUGAGCAGCUCAUCCUCAAGCAUAACGCGCACAAGGAUACAAUCAACAUCUCAGAGAAGAAGGACGGCCUCGACUUUUACUACACGCAGAGAGCUCACGCAGUCAAGAUGUGCGAGUUCCUGGCGUCAGUCGUGCCCGUCAAGGUCACGUCAAGCACCAGUGUCAUCAGCAUGGACAUCCAUUCGAGCACUUCGAACAACAAGUUCACCUACAGUGUUGAGAUUGCGCCCAUCUGCAAGGACGACCUCAUCUGCCUGCCAAAGAAUGUAGCCAAGAGCUUGGGACAACUACCGCAGCUCGUCCUCUGCUCUCGCAUUACAAAUUCGAUUCGCCUCAUGGACCCAGUCACCCUUCACUACGCCGACAUACCCGCAGAGAAAUACUUCCGCGACCCCUUCCAAGCCCUCUGCACCAUCCCCGAGCUCGUCGAGUUCCUCGUUCUGGACAUCGAGCCCUCCACACACGCCGCGCCCACGAACAAUUCAAGCAAGACCAGCAAGCUCCUCACAGCAGACGCCCAAGUCUCUCCAAUGAAUGCCACCUCCUUCGGCCAAGCGGACGCUGUCCACCACACCCGAACACACCUUGGCGCACUCCUCCAGCCAGGAGACGCGGCAAUGGGCUACAACUUGGGCUCGGCCAACUUCAAUUCAGAGGUCUUCGAUUCCAUCCCGUCAGAGAAGAUCCCAGACGUGUUCUUGGUGAAGAAGAGCUACCCUGACAGCAAGAAGAGGAGGAAGAACAGGAAUUGGCGCCUCAAAUCCAUUGCGAAGGAGGCGGACGAGCAGACUGUCAGUGAGACGACUCAUGGUCGUGGAGCACUGGGUCGUCGUGGUGGAUUGGACGGACAGAAGGUCGAGGCGGCAUACGAGUGGUUCUUGCGCGAGUUGGAAGAGGACGAGGAGAUGCGUGCGGGCGUCAACCUGUACCGCGACAAGGAGGCAGAGGAGCGCUUGAAGCGCAAGAGAGAGGCAAAGGCGCUCAGGAGGGCGAGAAAGGCUGCUCAGCGUGAUGCCGAGGGAGAUGAGGAGAUGGAUGGUGAUGGAGAUGCGGACAUGGGAGCAGGAGCCGCUGGUGACAUCGAUGAUGGGAUGACAGACGACGGCAUGACGACGGACGGGGAGAGCGAGUUUGGUGACGAUGAGGAUGUGCCGCGGAUCAGGAUGGAUGAGCUCCUCGACGAUAUGGACGAGAUGGCCAUCGAUGAGGGAUUCAAGCCAUGAUGAGAGACGGCAGGUUGCAAUUCCACAGAG